AUGGCGGGCGGGCGCUGCGGGCUGGCCUCGGACUCUCAGCGCGGGAGCGGCCGAGCGGGGCACAUCUGCCGGAGAGAGGGCGCGGGAGAGCCCGCGGUCAGUGCCCGUCCGGAGGACCGAGCUCCCGCCGCCGCCGCCGCCCCCCCCACUGCCCCGAGCGCCCGGUGCUCCCUCUGGGCACCCCCACCCCCGCCGCCCCCCGCCGCCCCGGCCGCAACCAGCCAGACCAGGUCUCGCGGCCCCCCUGGCCUUCGGCUGGACCCCAGCCGAGCCGUCAACGGUGCCCAGGACACGAGACGCUCCCGCCAGUACCAGCCGGGCUUCAAGUCCGGCCUCGGCUCUCGGCCACCGGGUGAUCGUGCCCAGGCCUCAGCCCCUCCUCACCUGCACCUGGACGAGAUGCACCAGCCCCGGGGGCGCCUGGCGAAGGAGGGCCCUGCCCUGCGUGCUGGGGCACAGGCCUCGCCCCGCUGCCCUUGGGGCCCUCAGCCCUCACCGCCAGAAGCCCCCCAGAGGGCCUGCGACCCAGGGCUGGGGCCAGAGCGUUCGCCCAGCGGGGACCACGCUCCCCCUGGAAGGUGCCGACGCCGCCGGCUCCCGGGGGAUGGGCACAACCGGCCCUGGUGUCGCCGUGUCCUCAAGCCACCUGUGCAGGGCCUCCGUCUGCCCAUCCCCCGCGACCCAGGCAGGACGACUGACUCGGGGAUCCCCCGCGGCAAGACUCGAGGGCCGUCCACUUACAGAAGGUUCUGGAGAGCCAGGGGGAACAUGCCCUUCCGAAUGGAACCCACUCAGGGAACCCCCAGCUGGUGCUCCUCAGCCAGCGUCCAGCCCCUGCAGCCGGCAGCCUCCAGGGAGCCCCGCUCCACGUGGACUCCACAACCUCGCCCGGAAUAA